AAUCCAAAUCGUUUUGACAAUGAUUUAGUCCAAUUUGAGAUAAAAUGACCUAGAUCAGUUCCAACCUAAUAGUUGUUCAAUAUUUUCUAUCGCCAUCAAUCCCAACUCUCACUGAACCCAUUGCACAUGCGGAAUUGUCGUAUGAGCUAAUCGCGGGCUUGGGAUCUCGCAGUUAUUAGCUAAGAUGCCGCCAAUUUUUCCCUCAAGAGCGGGACACGAGCGGUCUCCUCGGAAUUAGUGGGAUCUCUCGCGUCCGCUCUUCUUGGCGAACGGGAAAACCUCUCCCCGAGUCCUCUCCGCCGCAGUCCGCUUCUCCACCGCCACUUUCUCCACGCCGCCGUCCGAACUCGGUAUUCCUCGUUCUAGAUCCUCACCACGGCCAGUGGAACUUCGUCAGAGGAUGGAGACGAUGGGGUCCGCGGGAGAGCUCUCCUCCGGCUACAAGCUCGUUCCCUGGUCCAGCUGGGACCAGUGGAACUUCGUCAGGGAAUCCAUCUUCUCCUCUUCAUCCGACUCCGUUGCCGCCGCUCUCCGAAGGAUAUCAGCGUGGCGGAGCAGAGGUUGUCUCCCGGUGCCAAUCGAAAUUACGGCUGCAUUCGUUGAGAUUCAGCAGAAAGAUCCUUUUUUUAGCAAGGAGCCUAUGGUUGAUGCUCUGAGUUCGGAGGAGAUGCUAGCUAUGCUUUAUAGCAUGGCAAUCACAAGGCUUGUGAAUGGUUAUGUCGAGCCUGCACAUAAGAAAACAGGGCGCUCAAUAUCUGAGUUAGCUGAAGCAGUUGGUAUUCCUAGAAUGUUGGUGGACAUUCGUCAUGAAAGUUCUCACCGCAAUCUUCCGUCAAUUCGGCUGGUUCGUUUGGCUGGUAUUAAGGCACUAGAUUGGUUGAAAUCUAAUUAUUGGGAACCUCAAAAGAAGAUGAUUCCUGAUGUUCGAAAAGAAAUAAGAUCCAGAUUGCAUGAGAUGACUUAUUAUUUGAAAACCAAGAGUGCUCAAAAAUCGAGUUCAGAAGUCAAAGGAAAAUGUGUCAAGCGGCGUAGCCUGCUAACGAGAUGCAAUAAACUCUCUUUACAGAUAACUGGAAUGUUGCUGUCUUCUCAAUCAAAAGGUUCUGAGAAGAAGAUUUCCAAGACUGCAAGAAUCAUUACCCGAUUGUACUCGGCUUAUCCAACAGAAGUAGCGUCUGUGUUAUUGGAGCUAUUCCACUUACAGGCACCUGAUUUCUCUGAUGGCACUGACAUGGAAAUAUCGGAUGACUCUGAUGUUGGUGAUCCAUGGCCACUUACAAGCUCAGUACAUGUUUUAAAGACAAUCAUUACAACACUGUCAGACAAGAAACCUAGGUUGUUACUUAGUAUACUGAAGAUGGUUCUUGAGACAAUUGAGGCCAAGGAAUCCGUGAAAUAUGAGAAUGGUCAAUGCUAUUUCCUUUCACCAGAGUACCAGGCUGAGAUCUGUCAACUGAAACAUCUGUGCUCCCUGGUUCCUUGGCUUCUCACAAAGCUUAGGGCAUUAAAAGAUGCAGGCCGAAUUGGACUCAUCAACAAAAACAUGGUCCUUUCUACAGACAGAAAUUCUGUUCCUAAAGUUUCACUUACAAAACUUCUCCGAAAAUGUCUAACUUUAUCAGUUACUGGAGACAAACAUCUCACCGAUUCAGUAAUGCUGCUUGCUGAGAUGAUUGGAAAUAAUUCCCUAAAAGAAAGACUGAAGAAGCUUCCUCUGCUUGGAUCAAAAGACUGGGAUUCUAUAGAAGACCCUGUCCUUGCCAGUACUGAAACUAUGUGUUCACAAGAAGAGGAUUCAUUAAAGAUUGCAGCAGCGAAGUUGGAGCUUCUCAAGCUUCAAUUUCAGAACCAUAGCAAUAGAAGUACAGGUCCAGUGGAUGGCAACACAGAUACGAGUAACAUGUGGACUCUGGCUAAGUCUUGGAUCCCAUGUCCCAUUGGAAUGUUACCGUGUUCUUUUAGUUCUACUGCAGUUCUUCCUGUCCUGGACAAGGUUGAUGAAGGAUUAGAAAGUAUGAAGAUUGAAAUAAACAAUGAUAAAGCAGUGAGCGACCAAGCGACCAAUAAGAGUGACUUGGAUAGUCAUACCGAGCCAUGGGAGAAUGGAAGUGCCAUCAAAAAGUUAAAACCAACUCUGAAAGAACAAGAGUUGGAUUUUCCAGAGAUAAAAUUCCCCAUGGAAGGUCGAUUGUUGAUUGAUGGCAUUUGGAAGAAGGUGAGUGAACAAGAAUUGCUUGCUAUAGAGUCUAACAUCAGGAUCUUUGUGUAGUGACAUUUAUGGAGGACCUUGGUUGACCAAAAUUCCAUGGAACAAGGAGCAACGAAUUAUAGUAUUGUCAUUUUGCUAGCUUGGCAAACCGCCUCUUUCUUAAAUUGGAUUCACAAUGGUAACAGUGAUGGAAAAGGAGGUUUAGGCACUCAACAAUUGUUCCUGUAACUACAAAAGAGAAUACUUACGAGCAGACACUGCUGGUUUUCCGCGACUAGUUCUUAAGCAUGGUAGAAUUAUUAUUUUUUAAUUCUUUUUUGAAGAAGCUGUGGAGCGUGAAGAAAAGGUGAAGCAAAGUAGAUGUAAAAUUGAAGUUUCACGAAAGCAGGAUGAUGGUGUCUCAGAAAUUGAAUGCUAUCUUGUUGGAGUUUUUAAUUACUCAUGUAGUGCUUUGAUGAGAUGUUUUAUAUGAACAAUCACAAGAAUGGGAAGAGCUGGUGCUAGUGCUUCAUGAAGCAUCCCCUUGUUUAUGUUCCAAUUUGGCUGGUGCUUAUGGCCUUUUUGUACUCAGAUUAUCUUGCAAGUGCAAUGACAUGCCAUUUGUAGGUGAUCUUGUUUUAUGCGUGCAAUGACCAAAGCAAAGAGGUGGCGCUGGUGUUUAUGAA